AAUUUCAGUAGUCUAUUUUUAUUAACUAAAUUUAAAGGAUUACAUACAUAAGUACAUAAAUCUUGCAUAAAACCAAUGGAAUCCUUCAGAAUUACAAGGGUUCUCGUAGCCCUAUCCGUCUAUCUAUUGUCUUUGGCUCAUGGACAGUACAACAUGCCCAGUUUUGCGACAAAUCGGACCACCAUGGUUCACUUAUUUGAGUGGAAGUGGACCGAUAUUGCGGCAGAAUGUGAACGAUUUCUUGGUCCGGCGGGAUAUGCGGGGGUUCAAGUUUCUCCGGUUAACGAGAAUGCCGUAAUUUUGGAUCCGUAUCGUCCCUGGUGGGAGCGAUAUCAACCCGUGUCCUACCUGCUGCAGACUCGGUCUGGGACUGAAGCCCAAUUUGGCGACAUGGUUCGAAGAUGCAACAACGUCGGUGUGAGGAUUAUCGUGGAUUGUGUGAUCAAUCAUAUGACCCAUCGGACCACGGCGGGUCUAGGCACGGCGGGAAGCAGCUUUAACUCGGCGAACAAACAAUACCCCACUGUUCCUUAUGGACCGCAAGAUUUCCAUAAUGCGGAACAUUGUCCGACAGCUUCGGGCGAUAUUGAGAAUCAUCAGGAUCCAGUUGAGUCACGAAACUGUGAGCUUGGUGGGCUUCGCGACCUGAAUCAAGGAAUUUCCUCCGUUCGCGAAAAAAUUACUGCCUUCAUGAACUAUCUUAUCGACUUUGGCGUUGCGGGAUUCCGAAUUGAUGCCGCGAAACAAAUUUGGCCCCAGGAUAUGCAAUCUAUUGCGGACGGAUUGAAAGAUUUGGCUUGGCAGCACGGAUUCCCGCCUGGUUCGAGACCCUUCAUCUUUCAGGAAAUUAUAAUUUUGGGAGAAGAACCGAUGGCGGGAUCGGAUUAUUUUGGCAGUGGGAGGGCAACCGAGUUCAAAUAUGGACUUUACCUCGGAGAAGCGUUAUUUGGUCGGAGACAGUUGAAAGAUUUGGCAAACAUUGGAGAACCUGCAGGAAUGUACCCUUCCGACUAUGCCAUGUCAUUCGUCGACAACCACGACAACCAACGUGGUCAUGGCGCCGGCGGAACAAACAUCGUGUCUCACUUGCAACCGAAACUUUACAAAAUUGCGAACGCCUUUAUGCUCGCGUGGCCAUACGGACAAGCAAAAGUCAUGUCGUCGUACGUGUGGUCCGGUGACGACGCGGACUCCUGGGUCGGUCCCCCUAACACGGAUGGCGCCACGGACGACGUCGUCAUCACGCCGGAGGAAACAUGUACCAACGGAUGGGUAUGCGAACACCGGUGGCGACAGAUUAAAACCAUGGUGGCAUUUCGAAAUUUGGUGGGGAACGCUCCCGUUCAAAAUUGGUGGGACAAUGGGAACAAUCAGAUUUCCUUUUGUCGGGGCAACCUGGGAUUUAUCGCGUUAAAUAAUGAAGGCAGCGAUUUGGACAGGGAUCUUCAGACGUGCCUCCCCGCUGGGGAUUAUUGUGACAUCACGACUGCCGAGAUUGUGAAUGGGGCCUGCACCGGGAGAAAGAUAACAGUUGGUGGGGAUGGCUUGGCGAGGGUAUUUAUUUCCGGGGGAGAUGAAGAACUCGUUUUCGCGACCCAUGUCAAUGCCAAGGUUUGAGUUCCAUAUGUGCUUCUGUAAUUGUUAUUAAUUGGAAUUUAUUCAUAUGCAAACAAAUUAUGUGUUGAUACAAAUGCAAAUAAAUACGUAUCCGGACAUCAUAGCUAAA